AUUAUAAUUAAACAUACUAGGCCAGAUUAGACGGCCAUUUUUAUAAAUUUUGGAAACGUUCUACAGAUAUAUACCUGGUUUAUUCUGCUGAAAAAACUGUGAAGAUGGCGGGGAAAGACGACCGGAUAACCACAAAGGUUAUCCAGGUCGCUAACAUUGCCCAGAACGCAUCUAAAGAUCAAAUGAAGACAUUGUUUGCAUACAUCGGACGAAUUGACGAUCUUAAAAUGUACCCCACCAUUGACUCUCCCGAGGGAGCAGUCUCAGCACCUGUUACAAAGAUUGUUUAUGUCAAGUUUGAGGAUUCUCAGAGCACAGGUGUUGCAUUACAUCUUAACAACACAGUCUUUAUUGAUAAAGCCAUGAUAAUUGUGCCUGUCAUGGAUGGUAAAAUUCCAGAUGAACAGACAGCAUUGCAGCUAGCCCCUUCAGCCAUGGCUGGAUUGAUGCCUGGCCAACCUACAUGGCCUAGUAAUGUUAUAAGUCAGAUGAGUGGUGUUGGUUCAGCCCAAGUAAUUACAACACAUGACCCACGUCUGACAGCCUUAGGUCUGCCACAAUAUCCUGCUUUACCUGGGACAACAGAUGGAUCAAAGAUAGAAGAAAUAAGAAGAACAGUUUAUGUAUCUAAUAUGGAUCCUACAACUUCUACAGAUCAGCUGCUGAAUUUUUUUUCCCAAGUAGGAGAAGUGAAGUAUGUGCGGAUGGCAGGAGACCCUAGUAGUUCUAUUGUAUCUGGUUAUGUAGAAUUUACUGAUCAAAGAUCUGUGGCCACUGCUCUUACUUACAAUGGUGUAAUGUUCCAGAGUAAACCUAUCACUGUAACACAUUCUAAUACAUGUAUCAUCAAACCCUUAACAAAGUCUCAAGAAGCUCAACAAAGGGACAUAGAAGAAGCAAUGAAGAAAGUCAAAGAAGCCCAGUCCCUGAUAUCAGCUGCAGUAGAUGAUCCAUAUGAUAGAUCCCGUAGCAGAUCUAGAUCCAGACGAAGAUCUAGGUCACGAAGAGGUUCCAGAUCAAGGUCAAGAAAACGCUCAAGAUCUCGAAGAAGAUCCUCCAGACGAUCAAGGUCUAGAAAAAGAUCUAGAUCAAGAAAAAGGUCAAGGUCCAGAAAACGUUCAGGGUCUCGUUCACGUAGGAAAAGGUCUAGGUCAAGAAAGAGGUCAAGGUCAAAGCACAGAUCAAGGUCAAAAUCAAAGGGCAGAGCACCAAAGGAAGAGAGACCAACACAGGGAUCAAACCAUUUCCCUACAAGGGGGCCGCUGAGGGGCCAAAUCAUCUUCCCAGUCAGGAGAAGGUCAAGGACACCAAGAGCUUACAGUCGACGAUCAAGGUCAAGGAGUCCUACUGCUAAAAGGAAAAGCAAGUCCCCUCCUAAAAAAAGAUCUAAGACUCCAGAAAAGAAACGUUCUAGAAGCAAGUCUCAUCAUAAGUCUCUAUCACCACCCAAGUUAGAGAGGGAAGUGUCACCAUCAGAAAAAGAAGGAGGAUCACCAAGCAGAGAAGUUAACCAACCAGAUCCAGCAUCUAUUUCAAGUGAUGGUCCUCCUGCAAUGAUAAAACAGGAAUAUGAAAGUCAACACAAAGAACCUGUAGAAACCACUGCACCCAGAAAAAGGUCUGUAAGCAGAAGUCGUAGCAAAACUCCACCAAAGAAACGCUCCAGUCCUCCAAGGAGAAGAAAGUCAAGAAGUAGAUCUCCAAAAAGAACUUCCAGCAGGAGAUCCAGAAGUAGGAGUAGAGAUGUACCAAAAGACAAACACAAAAGUGAUAAGUCAGCAGAAAGUGUACCAAAAGACAAACACAAAAGUGAUAAGUCAGCAGAAAGUGUACCAAAAGACAAACACAAAAGUGAUAAGUCUGCAGAAAGUAGACGGAGUUACAAAAAAUCGAGAAGGAGCAGAAGCAGGUCAAGGAAGAGGUCACGAUCACGUAGCAGGGGUAAAAGAGAGAGAGACAAAAAAAGGGAUAGAAGUAGGGAUAGAGAUCGUGAAAAGAAGAAGAAACAUCGAGACCGAUCCAGCAGAGAAAGAGAAGAGAAAACAAAAGAAACAAAAGUUAUAAGAAAUUAUGAUGAAGAAGAAAAAUUACAAGAAGAUUAUAACAGUGAAAAUGAUUCACUUCGGCCGGCAGAAACAUCCCUCCCUCCAGACGAUAUUAAUCUGCAAUCAGUUGACAUGGAUAUGAGUGAUUGACAAGUUGAUUUUUGAUUUCAUAUCUGUCAUAUCAUGCCUCACAUUUGCUUCAUAUUGAUUCUGUAAGAUACAAUUAAAGUUUUAAAUUGUGCAGAUAAACAUGUAAAAUAUGUUUCAAUAUUUUAUAUAUUUGUUGUUCAACUAAUGUAAUUUUGACUGAAAGACCCUUACAUAUGUUGUAUUUCUUAAAACAUCUGAUUGGAUUGUUCUAAUGAUCAUAUGGAAGGGAUUUUCAUGCAAUAGUUAUAGAUUUUAUGGAGCUUUGGUAAUGCAUUAUGCCAUUUUCUGUUUGUUGCUAUUGGUGGAAGUUUUGAAAAUUCAUUAUGGUUAAUACAAAAUUUCUUCAAAGUAAAAGUAAAAACCCACUGUGUUAUAAAUUACUAAUAAAAAAGAAAUCGAAUCUAUGCAAUGGUUUAAUAACACUAAAAAUAUCUCCUAUGUAAACACUAACCACUCAAUUCAAAUUUCAGAGUUAGAGGAAAAUCACCUAGAUUAUUUAUUUAACUAGGAUCUGGUUUUAUGUAAAGAGAACUGCACAGUUGUGGAUUAAGGUUUGAGCAUAGAGGUCAUAUACUCCCCUUUUGAUCGAAAAAAUAAUCAAAUUUACCAUAAAAUCUCUUUUUACCAGCCAUUACAGACAUCUACACCUCCCUUUCACAAACCUGCUGCAGAACAUAGUCAUUUUUUUAAAUGUUUCAGGUGCCUUAAGCUAUUAAUGUAGUGGAUUCUGAUUGUUAAGCUUUUUCUGUGAACAGCAUUUUAUAUGUUAUAAAGAAAACAUUAGAAAUAAACAAGUACAAAAUAA